CUUGCGGUCCCAAGCCACUUUCAAGCGUCAAGAUCAAGAUCAAAUAUCAAGAUCAAAAUUAAGAUCAAGAUGGAAGACGAGGGACAACAAGAGACUCUUCCUGUUGGUGUAGAUGAACUACCGCCGCCUCAAGAGAGCAAGCAACAACAUAGUGGCAAGAUUCAGCCUACCAAGAAAAUUGAUGUGCUGCUGAAAGCAACUGGAGAUGCACCAAUUAUGAAAAAGAAAAGGUGGGCAGUGGAGGGAGAGAAGCAAGUGGGCUGGGUAGCUGAGUUCAUCCGAAAGUAUCUGAAGCUGGACCAGAAUGACUCUUUGGUUUGUGAAUAUGGCUCCUUCCAAAAAGAAGGGUAUUACAGAAAUAGCUUAUCAAGAAACGUAGAAAUGUUUCGCUUCAAGAGAAGGUAGACAUCAUAGCCAAAGUUGAGGCAGGUGAGAAGCUCUGUAAAGUAGGCAGAUUUUACUUUGUUAAUGAGUCCAUAGUGCGUAACAUGGUGAAGUGUAAAGAUACCAUAAAUGAUUGAUAUGGGGGCCCUUAUGGGUCUAAUAGCACUAGUUCAGGGGGGUGCUGUAACCCUUCCAUUAAGGGGAGCGUCCGGUUUAGAUUGGUGUUGUCAUAUCUCCGGUAAAUAUGCAUGAAACACUGAUUUUUAUGUUGUGAAGUAUUGGGAACAUGUACAUCAAUAUUAGACAUUCAUCCCCAUUCUAGUCCCCAACCCCGCCAUGCAAUUGUAAUUGCAACUAAAACUUACAAGUGUUAUUAACAGAAUAUUUGGAAAAACUUACAACACACUACAAAGUAUUGGAUUCUCAUUCAAGUACAGUAAGUCCUCAUUGUACGGUACAUAUGUGUUCCUGAAAACCUUACCGCAAAUCAAAAUUACCGUAUACCAAACCUGUUAUAACAUGUAAUAAUAGGGGAUGUGUUCCAGCACGUUGAAAG